GCACGCACGCGACAGACGUGCCGGCCAGCGGAGACACCCCGUCCCCCUCGGCAACGGCGACGCCAGCCCGGCUGGAGCCCAAGGACCAGGUUGUCACGCGCUCAUUCAGCAAAAGCCACCACGGCAGCGACGAUGACAACGACGACGACGACGAUGAUGACGAUGAGGUCGUUGCCGCCGGCGACAGCAGCAGCGACGGCGGCGGCGGGGAGGACGACGAUGCCGACAGCACGGAGAACAGCGAGGUCGUGGGGAGCGACAGCGAGAGCACGGAGAACGUCGGAUCGGUGGAGAGCUUCCCAGGGGGCGCUAGUCCAGGAAGCCCCGAAGGGCGCGAGACCCGCUCGUCGAAAGUGAUGAAGCGCAAGUCGAGCGUUGCGAUCAGCGCGCACGACGUGUCGCCGGCGAAGACGAAACGCAAGAUGCUCGACCUGUCCAUAGAGGACGCUCAGGCGCUGUCGGCGCUGACACCUGGUGGCCGGGAGAGGAGACGCUCGUGCAGCGCGCUCUCGCAGCUCGGCUUGUCUCCCGCCGUGUUGCACCAGGAACCUGCGAUGGACCACCAUCAAACUUUUGGCUUGCCCACCGGCGCCACCAGUGCGCACCUCACGCCGCGGCGGCGCAUACCAUCGCGGCAGAACCCGCCAGUGGAAAUGGCCGAUUGGCUGAAGGUGUUUCAGACGUGGAGCAAUGCAGAGCGUCUGCUCGCGCUGGACCAGCUGAUCGAGCUGUGCGAACCGACGCAGGUCAGGCACAUCAUGACGGUCAUCGAGCCGCAGUUCCAGCGAGAUUUCAUCAGUCUCUUACCAAAAGAGCUCGCGCUCUACGUGCUGUCGUUCCUCGACCCGAGGGACCUGCUGCGCGCCGCGCAGACCUGCCGCUACUGGCGCAUCCUCGCCGAGGACAACCUGCUGUGGCGGGAGAAGUGCCGCGAGGCCAGCAUAGACGAGGCCGUCGUGCUAAACAAGAAGCGGCGACCGGUGCCCGGGCCGCACAAGAGCCAGUGGAAGAGCGCAUACAUGCGGCAGCAUCAGAUCGAGAUGAACUGGAGAGUGGGAACGAUCCGACCCUUCAAGAUGCUGAAGGGACACGACGACCACGUAAUCACGUGCCUGCAGUUCUGCGGCAACCGCGUCGUUAGCGGCUCCGACGACAACACACUCAAGGUGUGGUCGGCAACGACGGGAAAGUGUCUGAGGACUCUCGUCGGUCACACGGGCGGCGUCUGGUCGUCGCAGAUGUACGGCAACAUCAUCAUCAGCGGCUCGACCGACCGGACGCUGAAGGUGUGGAAUGCGGACACUGGUCAGUGCAUCCACACGCUGUAUGGCCACACAUCGACCGUGCGCUGCAUGCACCUACACGGCAGCAAGGUGGUGAGCGGCUCGCGCGACGCUACGCUGCGCGUCUGGGACGUCGAGUCCGGCGAGUGCCUGCACGUGCUGAUGGGGCACGUCGCGGCCGUGCGCUGCGUGCAGUACGACGGCAAGCGCGUCGUCAGCGGCGCCUACGACUACACGGUGAAGGUGUGGAACCCGGAGACGGAGGAGUGCCUGCACACGCUGCAGGGACACACCAACCGCGUCUACUCGCUGCAGUUUGACGGGGUGCACGUGGUCAGCGGCUCGCUGGACACGUCGAUCCGGGUGUGGGAGGUGGAGACGGGAAACUGCCUGCACACGCUGAUGGGCCACCAGUCGCUGACCAGCGGCAUGGAGCUGAAGGACAACACGCUUGUGUCCGGUAACGCCGACUCGACAGUCAAGGUGUGGAACAUCGAGACCGGACAGUGUCUGCAGACGCUCACAGGUCCGCACAAGCACCAGAGCGCCGUCACGUGUCUGCAGUUCAACUCGAAGUUUGUGAUAACGUCGUCGGACGACGGCACGGUGAAGCUGUGGGACCUGAAGACGGGCGAGUUCAUCCGCAACCUGGUGGCGCUGGACAGUGGAGGCAGCGGCGGAGUUGUCUGGCGCAUCCGGGCCAACCAAACUAAACUAGUGUGCGCCGUCGGAUCGCGGAACGGCACGGAGGAAACCAAAUUGCUCGUCUUGGACUUUGAUGCCGAAGUGAAAUGACGACAGUAAAGUGGCACCAUCUGGUGGUAGUAAAUUGAAGGAAUCGUGCGAAGCAGUCUCUUGCAGCCGUGAGACGUGUCGCUGCCAGUGUUCUUGAGUCGUGAGCGACGAAAGGGCGCGCGAUCACGAAAUUUUCGUUGAACAUAUAGAUGUCUACAAUCAAACGACCCCGCCUGCGUGUGCAUGCAUAGGGGGGCGUUGGCCGGCGGGGAUAGGGGGCGUCGGGUACACUUCGAUCUCCCGGCAACGGGAACUGCCGCCGUGGCGACGAGCGGCGCAGGGAUGCUGCGCACCCGGAUGCAACCGCCUCCAUCUUCUCGAAGCCACCGAAGCAGUGAAGCCGAUCUGCAGUAGUCGUAGACUGGGUACCAACGCCGCGCACCUCCCACCUAACCCACCGGUAUUUCUCGCAAGGCCAGUCU